AUGUCGCUGGCUGCCGUGUUACCUGUCUCGCAAGAGGAAGCGAGACCGCCGAGGCCAGGGCUUAGCGCUAGGGUACGGCAGGCGGUGUGGCGGGUGCGUGGUUGGCUUACGCGGCCCCACGAAUUCCCGCUCGAGAUUCCCGAUCUUGUCAGUCCCGGCCUCGGCCGCGGUGGGCAGACUCCGCGUCCUGGUCCCCCGCCGAAUCGCUCGCUUCCGCCGGCACCGCCUGUCAGUCCUUCUUCGGCAGGCUGGCCGACGCCGCCGAUGAACCACGUGCACGGCCAUGUCGGCGUCGCCGUCGGUCUGGUGUCGCACAGUCCCGCACAGGGCGUGACGCUGCGGCCAGAGUCCCGGGAGCUCUGCGAGCUGACGGAGAGGUACGCGCGGGAAUCGAGGGACAGCUGGGGCAGCUGGGGCGGUAUAGGGGGCGGAGGGCCGGGAGUUGUGGCGUCCGCCAUGCAGGGCAAGGGGGCAGGGCGCACGAGAGGCCCGGUGCUAGGGGAGGCGGAUCUAGAGAGGAUGGGAGGGAAGUAUUAA